AUGGCCGGCGACAACCAAAACGGAGCCGUAAAUAGUGCUGUAGCAGCAUCUGCAGCAAACGACAAAUCCCAUGCUAGAAGACCAUACCAGAAAUCCCUGCCAAACAAGCUAGUGGUGGUCAUGGUCGGCCUCCCUGCUCGUGGCAAAACGUACAUUGCAAGGAAGAUUGUUCGCUAUUUGAACUGGCUGGGAUAUCCUGCUCGCAUAUUCAACGUCGGCCAGUAUAGAAGAGACGCCGUUGGGUCGGUUCAAAGUCACGAUUUCUGGAAUCACGAGAAUCGGGAGGCAAAUACCAUUAGAGAGCAACUAUCAAAACAGGCUCUGCAUGAUACCCUGGAGUGGCUACGCUCCCCAACUGCUUGUGUUGCUGUGUACGAUGCCGCGAAUACUACCGCUGACAGGCGGACUCGCGUGUUGAAAACCUGCAACGAAGAGGGGGUUGCAGUCAUGUUUGUCGAGUCGAUAUGUGAUGAUGAGGAAAUCAUUCUGGAGAAUAUCAAAGAAGUCAAGAUAUCAAGUCCUGAUUACGAGGGUGUUGAUCCUGAAGAGGCAGUAUUGGACUUUAAAAAACGUAUCAAACACCACGAGUCAACGUAUGAAAGGAUUUCUACAAAGGAAAUGGACGAUGCGUCUCCUAAUUCAGUGCCCUUCAUUCAGCUUGUGAACAUAGGGACUCAGGUGUUACUCAAUCGAAUCCGAGGAUAUUUGCCCAGUCGAAUAUGCUAUUUUUGCAUGAACCUGAAUAUAACACCACGGCACAUUUACAUGUCUCGGCACGGUGAAUCUGAGUAUAACGUUGCUGGUAAAAUAGGUGGUAAUGCCAACUUGUCGAGUCGAGGUGAACAAUAUGCAGCACGACUACCUGGUAUCGUUGUCGCUAAUCUAGAGCCGAAUGUGAAAUUGACGGUAUGGACUUCCACGUUAAAGAGAACCAUGCAAACGGCUGCAGCACUACCAUAUCCCAAAAUCCAAUGGAGGGCUCUUGACGAGCUGGAUUCUGGAUUAUGUGAUGGUAUGACGUAUGAAGAGAUUGACGAAAAGUACCCUAUGGAAGCUGCUGAGAGAGCUCAUGAUAAGUUCCUAUAUCGAUAUCCAGGUGGUGAAAGCUAUCGAGACUUGGUACAACGACUAGAACCCAUCAUCAUGGAAUUAGAAAGACCUCGAGACCCCGAUAAGCAAAUCCUCAUUAUUAGCCAUCAAGCUGUCGUCAGAGCCCUAUAUGCCUACUUUUUAAACAUACCACCUGAAGAACUACCAUACAUUAAUGUACCGCUUCAUACUGUAUUCCGACUUACACCCAAAGCCUAUAAAUGUGACGAGGUAAGGUGGAAGGUCGAUGUUGCCGCUGUGAGCACGUAUAGGCCAAAAGUAGAUGCUGCCUUGGUUAGUCCUGUGACGCAGAAGGCUCAACAGGAUUUGGCAACUAGUGCUGCUUCUCUUGGUGAUGGUGUCGCUGCUGUGAGUGUACUUGAGGGCCAUGUUGUUGCAACUUGA